GGUACGGUCUUGUCUCACAUACCGAUUGUUACUGGGUUAGCAAUAAGUCCUAAGAGUACCAAAGACCGCAAGACCACCCCACCGAGCUUUUAUCCCGCCCCCAGGAGAGAUUCUUUUCGAUUGAGAUAAUCAAUGUUCUUUACAACAAGAUUUUACUUCAUUGUUACAAAUUCAAUACACGGGGAAGACAAUCUACGUCCCAGGAAAUAAAAUGGCAAUGUCAAUCUUUCCUCUUGAUAUGACACCUAUUACCGAAAAUCUGUCUGUUAUUGCUGCUGAGGUACAGCCAUUAAUUGUUAACUUAGCUAGUGACGAGAAUCUUCGUGAUCCAACCAAACCACCUAUAAUGACGCCCAUCACAGAGGAACUUGCAUCUCAUCCAAGUACUAUUGACUCUAGUCUUUCGAAUAUCACAACCAUGUCCAAAGAGCAGCAAAGUACAUCGUUGGAGUCGACCAUCACCGUGCCACUGCAAGAGCAGAUUCUGAAAGUCCUAGUUUUGCCAAAACGCAAGCGUCACCAUGCUAUGCCAGCGUAUUUUUCCAUUGGGGGUACCCUCAACUCGAAUUUUUCUCAUCUUAAAACGCGCCGAUGCACGCAAUGCGAGCGAAACCGGCUGCAAUGCCUAAAAGAAAGCGCUGAUGUGGCAUGUAAUCCAUGUCAAGAUGCUGGGAAAAAAUGUGUCUUUCACACGCGAUUUUUGAAGGCAGACAAACUCUUGAACUCGAAGACAUCGGACGAGAGCAAGAUUUCUGAGACGCCUUUACAACGUUUCAUUGAGCAGCCCAAUACGCAACUGUCUCAAACUUGGGGUUCAAUAGCACUUGGACACAACUCUAUCCUUGAACGUCAAUCGACUGACGACACAAUACACCCCGAACAAGAUCCGGUGAAUCCAUUGAUCUUGUCGAUGGAUACCACGACCACGGUUCGCGGGCAGAGACAAAGGGAAGUGUUAGAUGCCAACAUAAUUGGGUCUAGGUAUUUUGAAAAAGAGAAUGCUGCACCAUCAAAUACUUUCGUGAGGCAAAGCUGCGAUACAGACAAUAUUCGUUCUAGGCUCGGUAGGCAAAGCAUCGAUGACGACCAGAUCACCAGCCCACUGGCAUACCUGGAAACCUUGAUGCUCCAAUACAUCGAACAGGUAAAAUACAGUUCUAUGGCACCAUUGGCCAGGGUCAAAAACUUCUGGGAACUUCUUUGCAUCGGGGAUGAAAAAGUUCCGGCGUCGAAUGCUGGCACGACGUUGGCUAGCAUUCGCGGCUCAUUAGAUGUUCCAACCGGGGUGCUCAUCAGACAAAAGGUUGACAAUCCUCUGCUGAAGGUGCAUUUGAAAAAAUUGGAUUUUUUAAAGGGGGUAAUUGCAUACACCAUAUGCGAUUUUACCUUUCGGGGAAGCUCAGCUUUCGGCGAUGAUACAGUAUUGCAGAAGACGGCAUACCUUUGCUUUUCCGAGCAAGUUGCAGAUAUAUUUUUACAGGAAUACCAUUGUCAAAUGGCAGAGACUCAACCUUUUGAAGACCGUGUGAAAUUGCGUCGUACGGACAUGUCAGAAAAAAUGAAUAUGAUCAUGCAGCCAUUGAUUGGUGCUGGUGAUAACAUGAAUAGUCUUCACGAAUGCAUGGCAAAAGUGGGCAGUGAGCUGCACACCAUUGUGGGGUCAUACAAAGGAGAGUUUGAAAGCAUCUGGGCGCCUCCAGGUUCAAAAUUCAACACGAGCAUACACGCCCUCGAUGAUUCUCAAUUACAUCCGAACUUUGUUAUCGAGGGCGGAGACAUCCUCAUAACCACAUGUUUCGGGGUCAGAUACAAAGCUCCGGGUAGAGACUGGAGAGUUUGCGUCCCCGCAAAAGUCAUCUUAGCCCCACCAACCAGAAUGAGAUCAAUAACUAAGCGCGGUCGGGAGGAAGAUUCACCGUCUGCUCGGAAGUCUCGGAGGUGAUAUCUCUUGAUUAUCAUGAUGCGGAUCAAUUAUCCUAGGCAGCUACUUCGAGUUUUGCAAUUGACUUCA